UGGCUCCAGUCCAGCCCCAACUUCAGGGUGUGCCGGAUAUCAUGGCUCUUCAGGCACCGCAGCCGCUGCUGGUACAUGGAGUCACAGCUCCUGACGUUGCGCAAGUUUCGCGGAGGUGGAUCUGUGCACCUCUGGCAAAGCCAUUGCAAGGUGGUGCUCUUGUUGCCCUCUUUGGCCUGUCCACGGCACGAGCAAGCCGAGCCAGGCCUUUGAGAUAUUCGGUUGUGAGACAGGCUGAGAUCAGUGAGAAGCCCAAAGUGGCUCCAAAGGCCAAGGCAAAAGCAAAGGCCAAGGCAAGAAGGAAAACCCCAGCGCCUUUGAUGCAGCAAAUCAUGGAGGGCCUAUUCGCCCCUAUUGUCACGAUCGGCUACUUUUUGGUUGGGCAGACUUUUGUAGAAAGAAUUCGUGGCAAAGGUAUCGAACUCCAUUCGCGUGUGUGGCCUCCCAAUGAUGACUUACACAAGAAAUCGAUGAAACAGCAUGAAUCGCAGUCAUGGAGAGAGAGUGUCAAGGGCCUUUGCUUCCCUGCACUCAAGGCUAUCACAGCCUAUUGCGAUACUUUUGGCAUCCAAAACAGGAAGAGACAAGGUUUCAUCAAGACAGCCAAAAAGACUGGCCACGAUCUGGGAAUGCUCCCAGAGGGUGGCAUUUUUGGUGAGGGCUUGAUUGGCAAUCAGGCAAUGGAAUGGUACAAGGACUCCGGCAUCAGUCGGCUUUGAGCUUCGCGAGCUUCUGGUGGGGCCAAAACUCCAACUCUACGUACAGAGGUGAGCGAGACUUGAUACUUUCUAAACAUACUGGAGUGGCUAGAAGGUGCCAUUCAGGUUCUAGCGAAUCAAGACACGUGAAAAAUGACACAUGUGGCACAUGUUGUUAUUGCUUUGUUGUUCACUGAUUCAUACACAGCUGCUUAAUGCAUAUCCAGCCUGAUGUGCCUCAAUCAGCG